GACAAAAAGAGUCGGUUAAAAACCAAGAUUGAAAUAGUUUUUCCAUACAAGAUUUGAUAUUUUUGAAUAUAAACAGGUGUUUUUAUAAAUGAAAAACAUGUUACCGUCUCAAAAGGCUGUUAUAAAACCGUGUUUCGUAUCGUUGAAUAAAGAUUUGGUUGAUGACCAUAUAAAAACAGUCCAAAAAAACUCAAUAAAGAAAAAAUGUGUCGUAUUUCUCGAUAAAGACUCGAUUAUUGAGACAAAUAGAGCACAAUCAACUCCUCACGAAAGACAUUCAAUCAUUAAAAAUUGUGCAUUAAUGAAGUCUGCAAGCAUAGAAAGAAAUACCCCCGGGAGAAGGAAUGUUUAUCCAAUUUCGGAACCAUCAACCCCUUUGUAUGAACCAGCAUUAUCAAGCGAAUUAAGACGAGCAAUUGAUGAAAAGAAUUUAUUUACUACAAAAACAAAAAAUAAGUUUAUGUCAGCUCUUGGAGAGUUAGAAGAAGCCAAUGAAGAAGAGAACAGAAAAAGAUACAAAAAGAAAGCGAUUAAUGAAGUUUUAGCGAGUGAAAAGGCUUAUAUUAAACAAUUAGAGUUAAUAUUUAAUUAUUUUGAGAAGCCCAUACGAGAAAAGGGGUUGUUAUCAAGAACUAAUUUCGAACUCAUAUUUGGAGGAUUAAACAGCAUUUAUAAAUUAAACAAGGAAUUAAUGCAAAUGUUGGAGUUGAAUAAAUUGGAUGUAGGAUCAGCUUUUUUAAAAAUUGCUCCAUUUUUUAAACUUUAUUCGACAUAUGCUUACGAAUUUAAGGAUAUUUUAGAAGUUAUUGAGAAAAGUGAAGAAAAUAAUUACGAAUUUUACAAAUUCAUUGAAAACCAAGAAUCUCGCCCGGAAGUUCAAUCAAAACUCUCUGCAUUAUUAAUAACCCCAAUUCAAAGAGUUCCACGUUAUUGUCUCCUAUUAAAACAAAUUUUAGACCACAGCAAACCAAACGAAGACGAUUACGAUGAUAUUAAACAAUCUUUAAAGGAAGUUGAAAAAUCCGCGAAACACAUCGAUACAUUGGUCGAGCAAAAAGAAAACAGUAUUCGCUUAGUUGAAAUUCAAACGGCGUUAAUCGAUAAUAAACCGAUUAUAAUAAAACCGGGUCGAUUUCUUAUCCACGAAGGUCCCGUUUUAAAAAUAGUAGCUUCUAGUGUUUGUCCUAUUUAUUUAAUUUUAUUAAACGAUAUUAUUUUAUUUUGUAAAACUAAAAAGAAAACGGUUAAAACGAAAAAUUGUUUGAAAUGUGAGAUGAUUUAUCCGUUGGCGUCGUGUAAAAUAGUCGAAAAAGUCAUUUCGAGAAAUAUUCAUAUCAGCUGUGAAAACGAAAAUGUGAUGAUUUUUAUUGAAAAACCUAAAGAAUUUACCAAGUGGAUCACCACUUUAAAAGAUGCUCAAACGAAAGCGGUACUGAAUAGGAUGACUUUAAGGAAAGAAAGUUCUUUGAGAAAACCCGCUCAUUACAAAAAUUUGAAUCAGUAUAACGAAGUUGAUUUAAGUCCUUGCGUACCGCAAAGAAAACGACUGUUAAAUGAAACGUUUUAUAAAUUUGAUGAAGAGUACUCAGAGAGUCCAUCUAAGAAGUUUUGCUCAUCAAAAAAAGAUAGCUUAUUUCCGUUAAGAUCGCAUUUAUUAUCUAGGAAUCCAAUCGGUCAUAAACGAAGUCAAUCAGUAUCAAACUCAAUUAUCAAAGAUUCAGUCAAAGUUGAAGAUCCGGAUGUUUACGUUUUUGGAGAACCAUCCAAUGUUAAUCGGGGAUUUAACUUUAGCAUUACAAACUUUUUCAGCAACAUUGGUAACUCUUUAAAGCGUUUAUUUAGGUAUAAAUAAUGUAUUUGAAAUUUAUUUUAUAAGUAUAACUUUUAUUAAUAUUCUAUAUUAUUAAUAUUGUGAAAGAAAUAUAACUAACUUCAAGAGAUUGUUUUAUUUAACAUUAUUUUAUUGUUGUAACAAAUAACUUAUUUUUGACCUAUUUGAAUAAUAUGUAGUUAUAUACUAUCCAGUCCUUUGAGGGUUCAUUUUGUGGAUAAACAUUCCAUUUAACUUUGAUAUUUUUUAGUAUUAAACGGUUAUUUUUGUAUAAAAAAAAAUUUUAUCACAGAACCCUGUUAUAAAAUCGUGUUUCUUGAUGACCAGUUAAAACAAUCCGAAGAGUCUAGCAUAACUUUAAUUAGUAUUUGUAUUAUUUUACAUUAAAUUAUAAAACUAA